AUGGCCCAACGAGCGCAGCAAAUCGCCGGCCACCUCAACUAUCCCUCUGGCAUGCUAGCCGGGCAGACCGCCAUUAUCACCGGAUCAGGGCAGGGCAUCGGGGCCGAAUGCGCGCGUCUGUUCGCCAACGAGGGGGCCAAAGUCAUCGUGUGCGACGUCGACAGCGCCAAAGCCGACGCGGUGGCGUCGUCGAUCAAGGCCGCGACGCCCAACUCGGCCAUCAGCGUGCCCGGCGACGUGACCGACCCCAACUACUUCCCCGUGCUGGUCAAGAAGGCGGCCGAGUUUGGUGGCGGCAAGAUCCACUUCAUCGUCAACAACGCAGGCUACACUUGGGACGGGGUGAUUCACAAAAUGGGCGACAAGCAGUGGGAGACGAUGAUCGCCGUGCACAACACGGCGCCGUUCCGGCUGGUACGCGAGGCCGCGCCGUACUUCCGAGUCAAGGACGGCGAGAAUAGGUGUAUCGUCAACAUCAGCAGCACGAGCGGCACGCACGGGAAUGCCGGUCAGGCGAAUUACAGUCUCGCAAAGGCCGGCGUGCUGGGAUUGACCAAGACGAUAGCGAAGGAAUGGGGACCUCAGUUCGGUGUCCGCGCCAACACGGUUGCCUUUGGCCAUAUCAACACUCGUCUCACCCAGGCCAAGGAGUCGGGUGCUUUCAUCACCACGCCCGACGGCCAGCGCGUCGCCCUGGGAAUCCCGUCGGCCCAACUGAACGCCCGCAAGGGUGGCAACGAUAAGGCGUACGUGGAUAUCCCACUUGGGCGCCCGGGUAGCGCGACCGAGGCGGCGAGUGCGGUACUGGCCGUUUGCAGUCCACUCUUCAGUUACGUGAGUGGGCAGACUAUCGAAGUCACAGGUGGGAGACAGAUUUAA